UUAUAUUUGUGUUUAUAAGUUAUAAAUUCAUGUUAUUAUGGAUACAGAAAUUCCACUUAGAGUUGCUUUUCAUGGUGACGUUAUGUGUUUGUCAAUGGAAACGGAAAUCAAGUUUGAUGAUUUGAGUGAUGACAUUCGGGAAUUAUGUAAAUUUCAAAAUGAUGAAGUUUUUACAAUGAAAUGGAUUGAUGAAGAAGGUGAUGCAUGUACAUUAUCUAAUCAAAUUGAGUUGGAUGAAGCCAUUCGUUUAUUUUUUGCAAAUGAUGAAUCUGAGCUUGUUAUUAACAUUUUUAAAGGAGCACCAGAAAAGCCUGGCAUGUUAUUGCCAGGAGAAGAUCGACUAUAUAGAAGAGGUGCUAGAAGGUGGAGAAAAAUAUAUCAAUUCAGUGGCCAUUCUUUUGUUGCUCGUCGAUUUGGAAAGAUGACACCUUGUCCAAUCUGCAAAGAUUUUAUUUGGGGGCUUGGAAGGCAGGGUGUAAAAUGCAUGAACUGCAAGUAUAUGGUGCAUAAAAGAUGUGUACGAGUUGUCAAACUUAUUUGUGGUCAGCAGAUACCUAAUCUUACAUUACCUCCUUCUAAUAAUAACAUGGAUACAACUGGAAUUGUGAAUGAAAUUGUCUCUUUAAAUGGUUCUGUUAGAAGUGGUCGAAGUCCAACUACAAAACGUAAAGGAUUAAUGAAAACAGAUUAUGAAGAUAGAGAUAUUGAACCAUCAAAUGGUUUUCGUGUUAGUCUUAAUGAUUUUGAAUUCAUACGUGUUAUUGGACGUGGAAGUUAUGCUAAAGUGAUGAUGGUACGAUUAAAAAAAACUGAUCGAAUAUAUGCAAUGAAAGUGAUUAAAAAGGAAUUAGUUAAUGAUGAUGAAGAUAUAGACUGGGUACAAACAGAAAAGCAUGUAUUUGAAAUUGCUUCCAAUCAUCCCUUCCUUGUUGGUCUCCAUUCUUGCUUUCAGUCCAAGAGCAGAUUAUUUUUUGUUAUUGAAUUUGUAAAUGGUGGUGAUCUGAUGUUUCAUAUGCAGAGAAUGAGAAGGCUGGAAGAAUCGAGCUAGUGUUGAUUGGUGGGCACUUGGUGUUUUACUUUAUGAGAUGCUUGCUGGUAGGUCACCAUUUGAUAUCGUUACAGCAACAGAUAACCCAGAUCAGAAUACUGAAGAUUAUCUUUUCCAAGUGAUUUUGGAAAAGCCUAUUAGAAUUCCACGAUCGCUAUCAGUUAAGGCUGCAUCCUGUUUGAAAGGAUUUCUCAAUAAGAAUCCUGAAGAUCGUUUAGGUUGUCACUUACAGACAGGUUUUAGCGAUAUACAAUCUCAUAUAUUCUUUAAACCAAUGGAUUGGGAAGCGCUUGAACGCAGACAAAUUGCGCCACCUUUUAAACCAAAAGUAGAUGCAGAACAUGAUAUUUUAUCAAACUUUGAUCCGCAGUUUACAACAGAACCUGUCCAUUUGACACCUGAUGAUCCAUCUUUGCUGGAUAAAAUUGAUCAGUCUGAGUUUGAUGGAUUUGAAUACGUCAACCCUUUAUUGAUGUCUAGUGAAGACGUUGUUUAGCAAUAGCUAACAAUAAAAUAUCACGUAUCAUGUUGCGAGUCGUAGUCGUAUAUGUUUGUAGAAAUAUUUUCCUGUAUGAUACGCUAUUUAUUUUUAUUAAAGUUUUUAAUUA